AAACAAAUGGGUGGAGUGCACAUAAAACACCAGAUAUUCCAAGGUCUCUGUCAGAGCAUGCAAAAACAGCUGCACAAUGAAGGGCUGCACUGUUUUAGGUCUGCUCCUGCUGGUGAAAGUGACUCUUUCAACACAAGACAGAUUUUUUAUUUCAGCCCCAAACGUGUUUCAUGUUGGCGUUAAAGAGAAGGUCUUUGUCCAGAACAAGGGAGAAAAGGACCAAGAAUGUAUACCGGUAAAUCUCUGGCUGGAGUAUGAGCAAGGCGGUAUUGUGUCUAACACAGCACAUGUUGACUGCAACGGAGACGAGAAGACCAAACUGGCUGAGCUGAAGAUAAACAGUGAGAGAUGGAUAGAGCUUAAAAAUAACCAUAAAAUGUCUAGGCCAUACCUUAAUCUACUGGCUCAAAUUCAAGUCAACGGAAAAAGCCCUAAAAGAAAGUCAACAAAAGUCCUGGUUUUAGAAAAAAGAGGAUACAUCUUCAUUCAGACUGAUCAGCCAAUCUACAACCCAACACAGAAAGUGAAAUACAGGAUAUUUACACUUGACCACAGUUUUAGACCCAACAAUGAACGUAUCUACAUUUCAAUAUAUAACGCUGACGGGAACAGGAUACUGAAUUCCUUACGGUUUGAAAGAGGAGGCAUUUACAAGGACCUGUUCUCCAUUCCCAGUGUCGCCAAAAUGGGAACGUGGAAGAUUACGGCACAUUAUGAAUAUGAUCAAGCAAAUACAGCUGAGCGAGAGUUCAAAGUGGAACAAUUUGUCAUGCCAAGUUUUGAUGUGAAUAUAUUAUUGGAGAAGAAGUACAUUUUGUUGGCUGAUGAACAUCUGACCUUUACCAUCUCAGCAAUGUAUUCGUAUGGCGAGGAAGUUCAAGGUGCAUACCACUGCCAAUUUGGAGUAGUAGAGAAAGGAGAAACCAACAGGGAAAAAAACACACCUUUCUUGAUUAAAGGACUUGAACUGAUAGGUUCGGUCCAGAAUGGAAGUGCAGAGAUUAGUCUUCCUCUGGAAAGAAUAAAUUCAAAACUUGAGGAAAAGAUGAACCUCAGCCUUUCGAAAUUAGAAAAAAAUGAACAGCGGCUCUUUGUGGGAGUCUUUGUUACCAACGUUCAAAGUGGUGAAAUUCAGGAAGCAAAAGUUUACCUCCCUGUCUACUCCAAAAAAUAUGUUAUGGAUUUUUCUCGAACUCGUUCUCACUUUGUUCAUGGAUAUCCACUGGAUGUAGUGGUGGAUGUACGUUUCCCGGAUGGUUCUCCUGUUGCUAAAAUGCCAGUAAGGAUUGAAAUGAGGGGUGGAGACGCCAAGGAAUUGACCACUGAUGAGGACGGAACAGUGAUUGCUCCUUUUAGCCUAAAUAAUGUACAGCAAGUUACAUUUGAUGUGACAGUAGAUGGUCAGCAGGAAAAUAAAAUAAUACAGCGUUCUUCCCCAAGAGAAAAUUAUCUCUAUAUCACUUAUACUAACAAGGUGUACUCUGUAAAGGAAAAUUUCAAGGUGACAUUCAACACCAUCAGUGCUCCAAGAGGUGGCAACAUCUAUUACAUGAUUUUAAGUCGUGGGAACAUCAUAAGCACCGGGGACGUCCCAUUUGGUGUAUUUGUUUCAAAAUCACUGCAAAUAACGACUGCCAUGGUUCCAUCCUUUCGUCUGGUGGGUUACUACUACAAUAAUAAUGGAGACAUCAUAACAGACUCCAUCUGGGUGGAUGUCAAAGAUGAAUGUGAGAUACAGGUCGAGGUGCAGACACCAGGAACAAAACGGCCUGGAAACAUGGCUGAUCUGGAGUUUGACCUGCAUGGUCAGACGGCUAGAGUGGCUUUACUGGCAGUGGAUAAGGCCAUCUAUGCUCUGAAAGCUGACAAUAAACUCACCGCCCAACAGGUGUUUACCUCCAUGAAGUCCUAUGAUCUUGGUUGCUCAUAUAGCGGAGGACCGGAAGCAGAAUCAGCACUCACUGAUGCAGGCCUCGCUUUUUUUUCUCAGUCCAAGGAAAAGUGGAGAUCAAACUUUCAAUGUCCUUCUCAAACUAGCCGACCAAGACGCUCCAUCGACCUUCAACAGGAAAUGAACAAAUUAAAAUCAGGUUACCAGGAUCCGGAACUUCAGUCCUGUUGUGCUCAGGCGUUUUCUACGAUCCCUAUGAAGCGAACGUGCAAAGAAAGAGCAUUAAGAGUCAGAUUGGUGGGAGGAAGUGAAGCCUGUGCUGAUGCCUUUGAAAAAUGCUGCAUGGAGAAUGAGAAGCUGAAACGGAGAAAGAUAUUGGAGGAAGGCCAAAGUGGAUUUGGCAGAAGUGCUGACACCACUGACAUCGAGCAGUUCUUUAAGGACACUACCCUUCAGUUCAUUCGUCGGUAUUUCCCACCGAGCUUUGCAUUUACAGAAUUUGAUGUGGAUAACAAAAAAAGAUACUCUUUGGCCCUGCCUGAUUCUAUCACCACGUGGGAAAUUCAAGUUGUCACCUUCUCACAUACAUCUGGUUUAUGUGUAGUAAAACCACAGGAGAUCAAAGCCUUCAAGGAGUCAUUUGUGUCUCUGAGGUUGCCAUACUCAGUGAAAAAAUACGAGCAACUGUCUGUGACACCUGUUAUCUACAACUACAAUGACAAAGAACUGAAGGUGGCCGUGCAUAUGGAACAAACCGAAGGACUCUGCUCGCCUGCUUCAGCCACUCAAAGUUCCUUUGUGAGGACCGUUGUGAAACCUCACUCAUCCAAGUUUGUCUCUUUCUCUGCCGUCCCCAUGGUAACUGGUUCAAUACCCAUCAAAAUACGACUCUUUGACAUUGAGGCCGAAUGGGGAAUUGAUGCAGUGCAAAAAAACUUGCUUGUGAAGACAGAAGGAUCAGAAAAUAGACUGGAGGAAACCCAAGUGAUUCAUUUAAAUGGAAGUACAAAGACUCUAUAUAUUAAUGGGGCUUUACCAGAUAACACAGUUCCUGAGUCCAGCUCCAAUAUGUUCAUUUCCGUGGAAGGGAAUGGAUUUUGCACUUCUCAAGUUCAAAAUCUCCUUACUCCGGAUACAGUAUCCAACCUGAUCAACCUGCCCUCAGGAUGCUUAGAGCAGACAAUGUCAACGUUUGCACCAACAACUUUAGCCAUGCGAUAUCUGGAUCUGAGUGACCAGUGGUUUCCUCUUAAAACUGGAGCCAGAGAUGAGGCCCUUUCCAAUAUUGAACGUGGGUAUAUGAGAAUUCUUGAUUUCAAGAAUAAGCAAACUGGUGCUUACGGUGCAUGGUCAUCAGUACCAUACAGCACUUGGGUGACUGCUCUUGUGGUAAAAAUGUUGUCUUUGGUGACGGAGCGUCAGAGCACUGCUGUUGGACCAGAUUCUCGGGUUGUCAAAGUUGUACCACAGAAAGAAAUCAUAGAACCAGUCAAGUUUUUGCUUUCAUCUCAAAGGGAUGAUGGGACAUUUGGUGAUCCACAUCCAAUGGUGCACAGAUACACUAUGACAGGGACAGACAAAGAUGCGGCCAUGACAGCUUUUAUUACCCUUGCAUUGAACCGUUCCCUUCAAUUUCUGCCAGAGGAACUACAGGCUAAUGUGAUAACGAACAUUUCACAAGCAUCCCAGUAUCUUCAGUUACAACUUGCAAACAUCAUGCACCCUUAUGCUAUGGCCAUUACCUCCUACUGCCUCUCAGCUUGCAUGUCUGAGGAAAGAAACCACAUGGCUGCAUGGAGAAAACUUCAAUCAAUGGUGAAAGAAGACAACAGUGGCCGCUACUUCUGGUCUGAUGAUCCCAACAUGGACAGUGAAGCACUGGCAGAUGGCAUUACGAUACAGACGAGCGCAUAUGCUCUCCUAACUGCAGUGCAACUUCAGGAGAGGACAUGGGCAGACAAAACAGCCGAAUGGCUAGUCAGCCAGGAAAACUAUAACGGGGGUUACAGAUCAACACAUGAUACCACUUUAGCCCUGGAGGCCCUUUCAGAGUACGAGCUGAAGAAGAGCUCCUGCUCUGAGGCAAACGUGGAUGCAGAGUUCAGUGUGCCUGGAAAGGAUCAAGUUGUUCGACUAGCCAUGAAAAGCAAUAAAGAUAGGGUGGAAACAGAGCUGAAGUCUCUAACAGGGAACAGAAUUACUGUGCAGCUGACAGGAACAGGAAAAAUCAGGUUCAAAACAGUCAAAGCUUUCCAUUUGUUGGACCCUGAGGAUGACUGCAGCAAGGAUCUUUCCAUUAGUGUCAAGGUGGAGGGGAAGGUGGAGUACACCGCUGAGAUCCUGGAAAACUAUGACUAUGGAGACUAUGAGGAAACAGAGAAAGAUGGUGCACGAGUUUCACGAUCGGCAGACAAUUGGUUUGAUUCUCGUACACGAAACAGGAGAGAUGUUGAGAACGACCUGAACGCACCCAAGGUUGUUACCUACAGGGUCUGUGUAAGUCGUGGCUCAACCAGGAAUCUUACAGGAAUGGCCAUUGCUGACAUCACAUUAUUUAGUGGACUUGAGGCUAAAAGGGAAGACCUGGAAAAGUUAAAGCUGCCACCUGAACAGUAUAUUUCCCAUUAUGAGCUCCCCCAUGGAAAAGUGGUGAUCUACUUCAAUGAGCUUUUUGAGCAGGAAGAAUGUAUAGCAUUUGAUGCUGUACAGUUUGCUCUAGUCAGCCUUCUCCAGCCAGCACCGGCUGUGUUCUAUGAUUACUAUGAACCAGCCAGAAGGUGUAGAAUAUUUUACUCUGCCCCACGAAGAAGCACUAUGAUCUCCAAGCUAUGCUCAGAGGACGUGUGCCAGUGUGCAGAAAGACCCUGCUAUAAAACAAGAGAGACAUUCAAAUCGCCUGGAUCCAAAAGAGUCAAAAAGAUUGUCCGUAUUGAACAUGCUUGCUUCUAUCCAGUGGUGGAUUAUGCCUACAUUGUGACUGUCAACAGUGUGUCUCAGAAGAGCAACUUUGAGUUGUAUAAAGCUGCGAUAACUGAUGUCCUCAAGUCAAGCAGAGAUCUCUCUAUUAAGAAGGAAAACUCUGUUAGAAUCUUUGCCAAGAGGCUUCAGUGUAAAGGCCAGCUGGACAUAGGACAACAGUACCUUAUCAUGGGCAAAGACGGCGCCACAACUGACACAGAUGGAAAUAUGCAGUACCUGCUGGAGUCGAACACCUGGGUUGAAAAAAUGCCUUCUGCGAAAGUCUGUGAAAAAUCCUCCAAUAGGUAUAACUGUAAUCAGCUGAAUGAAUUUAUUGAGGAGUACAAGGUGAAUGGCUGCACACAGUGAAAGCACCAAGACUUCAACUGUAAUCCAGAUCCAGUCAAAUGCAAUCUGCUAAUAUGUCUGCACCCGUAUUUAGUUUGCCUCUGUUAUACAGCAUUAUUCAAAUAUGCAACAAUACUAAUCUUUUAUUAAGACAACAAUCAUGAUGGCUUUAAUUAUUUGUAUUUUCUAAGUGUUUUAACAACUUUCUAUGCACCGUUAUUUCUUUAUACAUGCUUAGUUUACAUCUUUGUGUAUUUAGACUUUUUUGCAACACAUUCAAAUAAAAAGUUUAAAGAGCAUUGAGAAAAUAUUAAAGCUUCUUGUUGAAAAAUG